UAAAACGCAGAGGCUUUCGUUUAGUGCAUGUUGGGUAAAAUGGAAGGGGGGUUGUGCAGAACGGAUCAGAUUUCUCUGUAAAAUUCCUUCUGGUUCCUUGCUGCAAAAGUAGCCACCCUGAAAAUGAGUGCAGACUGCUGCAUGUGACACCAGUGGAUAAACCAAACUGGUUUUAUGUCGUAAAGUCGAGGAGUAAAAAUGGAGAAUUAAAUCUUAAGGUCUCAUCGGUAUCCAUGUUGUGCCUCGUGCUGCAAACAAAUGACCCACCAUGGAGUAUACAUUCAUAGGAAAUCUGUGAUGAUCAGAUGAACAGUGUAGCUCAGAGUAAUAGUGAGCUCGUGUAGCUACUGCUGCAGCGCUGUCCUGUGAUUCAUGGAGGGGCUCGUGCGUGGAAGAAAUGGAAAACUCCACCUCGGUGUCUAAAAUGGCAGCGGGGGUUGCACUGCAGAUGCAGCUCCACAGCUCCUUCCGGCAGCGAUGCAGCAAGAGACACUCCUCCUCCUCACAUGUCGUCAUCUUGUGUCGACCAGUCAAAUUAUAGGCGAGAAAAUAGCUGAGAAACAACAAGCCGAAUAGCCAGUGCGGCCGGAGCGAGCCGGCUCAUGCUUCAUGCGGGCUCGUUUUGAAUUACAUUCUUUUCUCUUUUUAACCCGGUGAUAAAUAAAGGAGAUGAGGGGACUCCUGCCGUUUUACCGGGGUCUGCACACCCUGAGUAACCGUCAAGCCAGACGAAAAGCUGGGAUUGUCGGUUCUCGGUGCGGGUUUUGCGGAACUCAGUCUAAUAGCAAGCCACAGCCGAGCUUUGGGCUGUUGUUUGACAUUGAUGGCGUGCUUGUCCGGGGACGGAUGCCAAUCCCUGCUGCAAAAAAGGCUUUCGAGAAGUUGGUCGACUCUCAGGGACAGUUUGUGGUGCCAGUCGUUUUUGUCACAAAUGCAGGGAAUUGCCUCCGACAAACAAAAGCAGACCAGCUCUCUCACAUCCUGGGAGUGCCUAUUACACAAGAUCAAGUCAUCAUGUCCCAUAGUCCCCUGAGGAUGUUUAAGAAGUUUCAUGACAAGUGUGUGCUGGUGUCAGGACAGGGGCCAGUCCUGGAAAUUGCUAAAAAUGUGGGUUUUAUGAAUGUUGUCAGUAUUGAUAUGCUGAGGGAAUCAUUCCCAUUGCUGGACAUGGUGGAUCACAACAGGAGACCCAAACUGCCGUCCACUCCUCUUGGUAACCUUCCUAAGGUUGAAGCUGUGAUUCUGUUCGGGGAGCCAAUUCGAUGGGAGACCAACCUGCAGCUGAUAACUGACGUUUUGUUGACCAACGGUAACCUCAACAGUGUCCACCAAACCCAAAAGAUGCCUCACCUCCCCCUGCUGGCCUGCAACAUGGACCUCAUGUGGAUGGCUGAGGCACAUUCUCCACGGUUUGGCCAUGGGACAUUUCUUGUGUGCCUAGAGAACAUCUAUAAGAAGAUAACGGGCAAAGACCUGAAGUAUGAUGCUCUCAUGGGUAAACCCAGUGAGCUGACCUACCAUUUUGCAGAGUACCUCAUCAGAAGCCAGGCCAUGCAGAGGAAAUGGAAACUUCCCAUCACUUCCCUUUAUGCUAUAGGGGAUAACCUUAUGACGGACAUCUAUGGCGCCAAUCUAUACAAUCGCUACCUGGAGGAGAGAGUUGCUAGAAAGAACCCCAAAGCGGUUGCUAAGAUGGUGACCGCCACAGGGUCCACCACUGCGGUACCCCAGGAGGAGGAGAUCGACAACCUGUGGGAGAGCGAGCUAGCGCCGCCCUCUGCCACUUCGUGUAAGUCCGUCCUAGUCUGCACAGGGGUUUACAACCCCAACGCAGAGGUGCCGUCUGAUGCAAAUCACUGCAUCAAAGAGACUGUGUUCCACGGGCACCGGGACUUCAGAUUCGACCCUGCACUGGUGGAGCCGGGCCACAUUGUGCAGGAUGUGGCAGAAGCUGUUGACCUCAUCUUUGAGCAGGAGAAGUUUGUGCUUCAGUAGAGUUUUGAGUCAACAGGUUUUGUGUGAUCAUGGAGGUCCUAGUAGUGGGGGGAGGAGCCUGUAGGAGUCUAACACUGUGGAUGUUGUUUAACCACCUGACAGGGCAUUGACAAAAUAUGGGUCAUCUUCUAAACUUUUAACGUUGAGACAAACUUUAGAGAAAAUUAAUCACGUAACUGUUACUGUAAACCACUCUUUUAUAUUGUUUUUUUUGUGAUAGUCUUUAAUUACCUGUUUUUCAUUUAGGAAAAGUGUAAGAACUGCCUUAUUUGACCCUACUAAGUAUUUUUUGAGAUGAUAGUAAUGUUUUAGAUAGCUACAAAUCCUGAAAUCAUCCUAUAUUUAUUACAAGAAUUUACCAGUGUUUUUAAGAAGCAUAUUCAGAUAACAUUUGACCUCUAUUCUCAAGGUGACUUUUUAUUAUUUCAUUUGUUUACCCAUUUAUCCUGGACAAUCUAUGCAUGAAUAUGAGAGUAAUACUUUUACUGUAAAAACAACUGUUUGAUGUGCAAUAUUGUCCUCUGUCUGCAUUUUGUCUAGUUGUGAGAGCCUUGACCAGUAUUUGCACAUAACAUCUUUGUUAAAUGUUACCAUAUUUUCUUCUUUUAUGCUUUCCAAUUUUAAUUCCAGAAGCAAAAGCUAACUAGACAUUCAUUUAGCUACAAGUACAAUGCCAAUCAAAAGCUUUUACCACCCCAUGUUUGACCAUUUGUAGUAAUUCACUCAUUGUAAAUACCGUAACUUAAGAAAAUAUAAGGAAUAGUUCCACCCA